AGCCAUGCGGUCGGCCGUCUUCGCAGUGGAGAACUCGUUGGAUGCCGGGGUGGGAGUGAGGGCCUAGGGAACUCGCGUGUCUCAGCAUCAAGGUGUGCGGAACCCUACCGCCAUGUUCCCGGAGCCCUCGAGCCCGGGGCCUCCAGCUGCCGACGCGCCCCCCGACUCCAGCCGCCUUGGCCGUGGUGCAGUGCCGCCCUGGGCCUUGGCCACCAUCCUGCUGGUCUCUGGCCUCCUGCUCUUCAGUUGUGGUUUCUGUCUCUGCCGGAAGCGUUGUCGGAAGCGGAUGGGAAAGAAGAGCCAGGCACAAGCCCAGGUCCACCUUCAGGAAGUAAAGGAGCUGGGCCGGAGUUACAUAGACAAGGUGCAGCCAGAAGUAGAGGAGCUGGAGCCCAUGCCAGCCGGGCCUGGGCAGCAAGUAGCAGAGAAGCAUGAUCUAGGACGACUGCAGUACUCGCUGGACUAUGACUUCCAGAGUGGUCAGCUGUUGGUGGGCAUCCUGCGAGCGGAGGGGCUGGCAGCCCUGGACCUGGGUGGCUCCUCGGACCCAUAUGUGCGCGUUUACCUGCUGCCAGACAAGCGCAGGCGACAUGAGACGAAGGUGCAUCGGCAGACACUGAACCCUCACUUUGGGGAGACCUUUGCCUUCAAGGUCCCCUAUGUGGAGCUGGGGGGCAGAGUGCUGGUGAUGGCGGUGUACGACUUCGACCGCUUUUCCCGCAACGAUGCCAUUGGGGAGGUGCGGGUCCCCAUGAGCUCGGUGGACUUGGGGCGGCCCGUGCAGGACUGGCGCGAACUGCAGGCUGCUCCAAGGGAGGAGCUGGAGAAACUGGGGGACAUCUGCUUCUCUCUCCGCUACGUCCCCACGGCAGGAAAGCUCACAGUCAUUGUCCUGGAGGCCAAAAACCUGAAGAAGAUGGAUGUAGGCGGACUGUCGGAUCCCUACGUGAAGGUCCACCUGCUGCAGGGCGGCAAAAAGGUGCGCAAGAAGAAAACCACCAUCAAGAAGAACACGCUGAACCCCUACUACAAUGAGGCCUUCAGCUUCGAGGUGCCCUCUGACCAAGUCCAGAAGGUGCAGGUGGAGCUGACCGUGCUGGACUACGACAAGCUGGGCAAGAAUGAGGCCAUCGGGCGGGUGGCAGUGGGCACGGCCACUGGUGGGGCUGGCCUGCGGCACUGGGCAGACAUGUUGGCCAACCCCCGGCGGCCCAUCGCCCAGUGGCACUCACUGCGGCCCCCUGACCACGUGAGGCCACCACCUGCGCCCUGACCUCUGCCCCAGAGCCAUCCCCUCUCACCGUGUCCAUUGCAUCGCUGUGGCAACCCUGCCCACACCCCGAAGUCCCAGCUCCUGGGGAAGCAGUCUGGCCCCUGCCUGACCCAAGGUCUCCCUUUGCUUGGACAAUCAGCCCUCCUCCCUCACAGCCCAUACUACUCCAGCCAAAUAAAUGCUCCACAGCCUG